AUGUCCCGAGGUCUUGAGAAUGGCCAUGGUGAGGAUAAUGUUGCGAAGCGUCGAAAACUCUCAAAUGGCACCACACACAGCGCCAAUCGAGCCCCAAAGAUCUUCGCUCCAUUCAGGACGAUAGGCCUUGUCUCGCCGACUGCGGUUCCCUUUACUUCUCUCCCACUCGGCAAAACCACCUUCCAAGUCACUACCUCCGUUGGACGAUGCCUACACACCUACGACCUUUUGAAGGGCUUGAAUCUAAUCUUUCUGACCAGACCUCAAACGCCAAGUGAUAUCACGGCUACAGUCGCCUGGAAAGAUCGUGUAUUCGCCGCCUGGGGUGGAGAAGCAGCAAGUAGCGAUGUUGGAGUAUGGGUAUUCAAACGGGGAAAGAAGGUUGGAGAAUUGGAGAGACCACUGGGGCUUUCUGAGUCCAUCAAUCGGCUUAUAAUCUUCGGUUCUUGGAUAGUGGGAUCCUGCUCGACGCGAAUCGAAGUAUGGAAGUCUGCGACCUAUGAGCACUACACAACGCUCACUCCUACAAUAUCAAGAAAGGCCGGUCAAGGAGGCAUACUUUCUGGAGGAAUAUGCAACAUGCCAACUUAUUUGAAUAAGGUCUUUGUAGGCAAGCUAGAUGGAAGCCUUGACAUUUGGAAUCUGAGCACUGGCAAGCUCAUCUAUACGGCACUUCCACCGAGUAUUUCGUCUGGAGCAGUCACUGCCCUGGAGCCUACCCCAGCGCUCUCUCUCCUAGCAAUCGCCCGCGCGGACGGAUCUAUCGUUCUCCAUGACAUCCGUGUUGAUAAGGCAGUCUUGAGUCUCAAUACCAAAGCAUCCCAUCCUUCUACGAUUAGCUCAAUAUCAUUUCGAACUGAUGGACUCGGCGCGGGACAAGAUGGUAGCAAAUCCGGUAUCAUGGCUACGGCAGGCACAGGUAGUGGAGAUGUGACCUUCUGGGAUCUCAAUGAUGGAGGACGUAUCACUGGGGUUCUGCGAGGAGCCCACAAUCCACCCUUUUCGGCUCAUGGCCGCGAUUUAAUUGGGAUCAACCGAGUUGAGUUUUUGCUUGGUCAAGACGUAAUGCUCACAAGUGGACUGGACAACGCACUGAAAUCCUGGAUAUUUGACGCUAACUCGUUAUCACCAACACCUCGCAUCUUGCAUUCGCGCUGUGGUCAUGCCGCGCCAGUCACACGGCUCACUUUUGUGCCAUCGAACUCUGAUGGUGCAGAUACUGGAGGCAAAUGGCUCAUGAGCGCUGGAAGAGAUCAAAGUCUCUGGGGAUGGAGUCUUAGAAGAGAUGGGCAAAGCACUGAGCUCAGCCAGGGAAACGUUCGGAAGAAAGCAAAAAGACUUGGUCUUUUGGGCAAGAGUCUAGAGAAUGAGAAAUCUACAACUCUGGAAGAUUUGAAAGCACCUGAGAUCAUAGCUAUGGCUUGCUCAUUGAACCGCGACGGAGGAAUGGGUGCUUCUAGUGGUGGCGGUGCUGUAUGGACGAAUACAACCUCAAAGAAGGGUCCUGCUGAUGCGUCAGAGAGUAAUGCUACUGGUUGGGAAAGCGUUGUAACCGGUCAUCGUGGGGACAAGUAUGCAAGGACUUGGUUUUGGGGCAGGAAAAAAGCAGGAAGAUGGGCCUUCGAGACUGGUGAUGGGACGGGGGUAACCAGCGUUGCUAUCACUUCAUGUGGAACCUUCGCGCUCGUGGGCUCCGCUGGCGGAAGCGUAUCUUCGUUCAACUUGCAGUCUGGUAUCCAACGCCAGAAGUUCCCAUCAUCCCUGACUCCAGGACAAGCGAGAAGGCUAAAGAUGAGCCAUGGUGCCGUUGGCUUGGAUGAAAAGCGAAAGUAUGCAUUGGGCGAGGGGAGACAUAAGAGAGCUGUGACUGGCCUCAUGGUCGACGGCCUCAACAAGACACUUAUCAGCUGUGGCUUGGACGGAAAGAUCAAGUUUUGGGACUUUCAGACAGGUUUGCUGCAGGACGAGAUUGACUGGUUCCCCAUGACGUGUAUCAUAGCAUCUCAAUACCACAGGCCAAGCGAUCUCGUGGCCUUAAGCUGCGACGACUUAUCCAUCCGAGUGGUUGAUACAGAGACUAAGAAGCUUGUCAGAGAACUUUGGGGCUGUCUAGGGCAAAUCAGCGACUUCUGCUUCUCAAACGAUGGUCGAUGGAUAAUCGCGGCCUCGAUGGAUUCAGUCAUUCGGGUAUGGGAUUUACCUACCGGUCAUCUCAUCAACGCGGUCCGAGUUGAAAGCACGUGUACAGCAUUGGCGUUUUCGGACACUGGGGAGUUCUUAGCUACUGCUCACGCGGAUAGCGUCGGGAUCAACAUCUGGAAUAACCGUACGCUCUUCACCCACGUCCCCACAAGACUACUCAAGGAAGACGAAAUCAGCCCAGCGAUUACAGCUACCCAAUCUGGGGAGAACGGUCAAGGAUAUAUAGAUGCUGCUUUUGAUGAAGAGGCGGACGAAGAAGUGCAAGAAUUGGACGAUAACGAUCUAGCGCCUACCGACCAGCUCAGCCUUGACAUGCUCACACUAAGUCUUGUUCCCAAAAGCCGCUGGCAAAAUCUCCUCCAUCUCGACACCAUUCGUCAACGCAACAAACCUAAGGAACCCCCGAAAGCCCCCGAAAAGGCCCCUUUCUUCCUUCCUUCCCUCGACAGCGCGAAGUUAGCUGAGCCACGCAAAGCAGAAGAGCAAAACCAGAACACUCUUGCCGAGCGCUCUCGCAUCACGAAGAUGGACCGCGCUGCUACUGCAAGCCAAUUUACCACUGCACUCCAAGCUACUAGGCAAAAUAGCGACUACACCCCCUUCAUCGCGCACCUCAAAACCCUUUCGCCAUCAACCGCAGACAUCGAGAUCCGUUCUCUCAACCCAGAGGAGCUCGUGCCUUUCGUCUCGGCUCUCACGUACCAACUACGUAGCAAGCGAGACUACGAACUUGUGCAGGCAUGGAUGGCCGUCUUCCUACGCAUACAUGGAGAUGCUGUGCCUGGAAAUGCAGGCCUAAGGCAAGCGCUGGUGGAGUGGAGAGAGUGGCAGGGGCAGGAGGGGAAGAGGCUGGGGGAUUUGGUGGGAUUCUGUGGGGGUGUGGUGGGUUUUAUGAGGAGUGGGAGAACUUGA